AUGGAGUCUGACAAGAACCACUCUGACAACAUAUCAAGGACUGGCUGUGGUGAACCACCCACACCCACCAGCCGUCGAGCGAACCCAUCCUCGCAAGAAUUUCCUGACACUCAGUUCAUGUACAAAGGUCCGCCACCAUGGGGUUGUCCCACUACAAGUGAUGGGAGUCAAUGUCCUGCGUUCGAAGCUCAAAUGGGGUUUCUACCGUCCACGAACUUUUCUGAGCUGCCCAGGACGGGCCUCCCACGAGCAGGCGAGAAUUGCCAUGAAGCUAUAGCCUUCUUACCGCCACCACCUCAGGGAUUUCGCUGUGAUUGUCAGUCUUGUACUCAAGGGACCACCACAAUGAGCGAUUUUUCAAUCCCCUCGCAGACCCAGUCCGGCUACCCGCCGCCGAACACGUUCUACCUUCUUACAAGUCAGAUGAGUAGACCGCCCAUUGAUGGUCGAUGGUCCCAAGAUGAGUAUAAUCCACUGUAUGGGUUGACGAAUCACUCAAGGCCAGCUGCAAUGUCUGGUCCUGAUAUAUACGUCCACAAUCCCAUGGGACCCUCGGGCCUUAGUCAUGCAUAUUACUGGGGCGACCAAGGUAUGUCAUCAUAUUGGAACGGAGUACCCACUCAACAAGGCUCACAACGCAUGUCCUCUCAUACGUACCCUCAAGUGACUUAUAGCGGAGAUGUUUUAUUUUAUGAUGAAAUGAAAGAAGAGUUGAAUGAUGAACGGCUAAAGGAAAAUAACGGUAACAGAUGGCCUAAUAUAGUCUCGCCGAUUUUCAAGAGCAAAGCCGCUGUAGAUGAACAAGGAAAUGUGAAGGGUUUGCCUAUGAGAUUGAUGGAAUUGGCUGAAGAAGAUUAUGAUUGGAAGAAAGAACCCCACACUCGACCAGCUUCACCAUUAGGAGAGAUUUGA